AUGAUGAAACAGAUCCUGUCUUAGCAAGAAUUCUGAACAUCCCUUCUGUUCAUAUUCCGACCAUAAUUUCUCCUGUUACAUCAGCUUCAGGAAAAAAAGAUAAGUCCGUCAAACAAAAAUCAGGAAAAUCUCUGCCAACUACAAAGGCAAGCAGUCUCAAAACAAGCCCUCCAACACCUGAUGACCUUGUAAAGCAAGAAGAAGAAAAGGUGGAAAUGGAAGAAACAACUUCCCAGACACAAGUGAUGUCAAAUGCUCCUGCUUUCCCAAGUUUGAACGUCUCUUGUCCCAAUGGACUAGUAUUAACUUUCAUUGGUGAAAGUUUUGGAGGUUUGAAAGGUGGAGCCACUGGAGCUGAAGCUGAGAAAGAGGUGGUAAAGAAAAGGGAGGCCAAAGCAGAAGCAAAGGAAGGGAAGAUUGAGAAAAGUGAGACCAAAGCAAAUGAAGUAAAGGAGGAAGAAGUUAUGGAAAGUGAAGAGAAGGAACAUGAGGUUACAGAAGAUGAAAUAAAGCAUGAAGACACUGAAAGAGAACAGGCCAAACAGCCUACUCUGGAAAUUCUGGUUAGGCAGAGUUAUCCCCAAAAGGUAAAGAACGCUCAUCUAUAUACAUCUGUGGCAAGGCAAACAGAACAAGAGGUGUCAAGAGUCAUCACCGGUCAAGGAACUGUCAUAAAGUACAUGAUGGAUGGAUCAACCAAGAUUUUGUUUGCUGAUGGCACAGUGAGUAGCAGUCCUGAUUCUGGCCCUGUUCUACCACCACCUACAAUUCCAGAUAACGUGCAACCAUUACCGGAAUUGGAGCCUUCACCAGAGAUCAGCACUAAGAAAGGAAAAGGCAGUGACAAAAAAAUUGUAUCACGCCCAAGCAAGAAUGAGUUUGAAAAUACUGAACAGGAUCUGGUUAAUUCUGAGCAACCUAAGGAGAAUCAGGCAGGAACCUGGAUAACAACAACUCCAUCAGGCAUUCAAGUGGGCACUGAGGGAGGAAAGAGAAUGGAUCUGAAGCCACUCUUAUUCUAUCACGCAACUGACCCAGCUGAUGGAACGGUUAUGACUGUACGAGAAGAUGAUGUGAUAAUUGUUGAGAAGCUGGAUGGUAGCAGAGUAGUAGAUCAUGCUGAUGGUACUAGGAUCACAACUUUUUAUCGAAACUGUGAAGACUGUUUUGUACCAGAGGAUAGUGAGAAAACAGAUGAACCCUCGGAAGCCAUCACAAGGAAAGUGAAAUGUGUGCAAGUAGAGAAUCCCGAGUUUGCUACUGUUGUAACAAAUUGUGAGGAGGGUACCUGUUGUACUAUCUUUGGAGACGGGACAUCUAUUAUAACAAAGCCUCAGGGAACGUAUCAGGUUUUACCCAUCAAGACAGGCUCUCUUUUCAUUGAUGAAGAUUGCUCAGCAGUUUAUACCCACGAAGUUUACAAUUUAAUCAGCAGGAAAGAAGAAAAACAAGCAGGGAGAUACAUUAUGAAACACACUUCCAGCACUAUCUGUGAGAUGAUGGAUCCCAAAGGAUAUAUUUUCAAGGUCAUGGCUGAUGGCAGCACAUCUGUGUGUGUUCCUAGCACUGGCUCUGAUGACAAGGAAGAGAGAAGUUCAACAUCAGCGCUCCCAGAAGUUAACAAACCUAUCACUUACGAUGAGCAUGUCCCCAGGUUCUUCACCAUCUACCCAGAUGGUUCUGGAACUGAGAUCCUGCGGAGCAGAGAUGUACACGACUAUCUUGCUGAAGUCUGUAGGGAUCCUGCUGCUGCUAUCUUGCAGGAUCCUGUCCAAGAAUGUCCAGAUGUUUUAAGUAUUACUGUCCUCCGCCCUUUGGCUGAAGCCUCUCCCUGGGUAAUGAAGAAAGAACCAGAGAGUAUUGUUCCUCCAAAUCUUCAGUCUAAGACCCGGCACACAUUUUCUCCUGUUGAGAGGAAGAUUGCAGAUCCCUCAGUCAGAACAUGUAUCUGGAGAGGUCUCUGCAUUGGAUCUGAAGAGCAGACGUGCUUGCCAGAACCCGUGCGAAAAUGUCCUAAUAAGCUGCAAAUCCGUCAGUUAUUCCAGUAUCAGCCACUCAAUGAUGAACUAAGAGAAAAGCUGCAGCUUUCCCUUAAGGAAUACAUAGACAAUAUUUUAAAGCAGGAAAAUGAGCUGGAAGAGAUGAAUGUAAAAGAACCAAGAACAGAACAGGAAAAGGAGAAUGCUGCGAGUCUCCUUGAACAGGUUAUGCUGGAGAUAGAGACAUGGAAUGUUGCUCCCCCGUCAGGAAGUGUUGAAUAUCAGCAACUUUUCCUGUUCACGGCUGACAUACCAGAGCUGUAUGAACAGGCAGUGGCUUCUCAUCACCAGUGUCACACAGAGAAGACAAUCACUACCCAAAGAGAGGACCAACAGCAGAUGUUGAGCCCAGAAGGAGUAACAUCAGUUUCCAAGUGGCAGAGCAGACAAGAAGAGCACAGGAAAGAACUUGAUGAAGGAAAGAAGUCCUUAAUGGCAAUAAGAAACAAAACAUUUCCUCCAUAUUUUGAAUCUGAAUUCGGCGAGGACUUUUUCCUGAAAAAGUUUCCUGAUGUGGAAGCACUGUCUAAUGAACUUCCUUCAAUGAAAAAAAAAGAAAGUGUGAAUUUCCCUCCAAAGAUCAGCAAAAAACCUAGUAGAGCAUCUGAACGUCUCAAUACCAUGUGUGAUUCUUCACCUUGCCUUCUGCUGCAGGCUCAUUCCAAACAAAAUGAAGGUUCCAGCAGCACAACAGACCUAAACAAGGCUGCAAGAUCACAAGAGAUACCCUUUCAACAUAAAGUUCAGAGUCUGUUUUUGAAUGCUGCAGGACAGCCAAGAAAAGAGAAAGUGAAAUUACCAUCAUCCCUUCAGGGGACAAAACCAAACUCCAUACCAAAUAAAAAGAUAGAAGAUCCUGUUGCAGGGAAGGUCAACACAUCAUCUCUUGCAACAAGAAGACAGAAUCUUAGUGGCUUCCAUCUCAUUCCACCCAAAGUGACACUUGGAGUGCUAAAGGAAGGCUGCAGCUAUGCAGCCACUGUAAUCCUGAAGAAUGUUGGUGUGAACUUCUUAAGGUUUCGGGUGAAGCAGCCACCUCCGCACACAGGACUGAGAGUGAUGUACACACCAGGACCUGUGGCUGCAGGCUUGCAGGUUGAGCUGGAGAUAGAGAUUUUUGCCAUGGUAAUAGGAGGGGAAGAUACUGGUGGCCUCGAAGAAGUUUCCCAUGAUAUUGAAAUAUUAACAGAAACAGAGACUCUUCUCCUGCCAGUGAGAGCAAAUAUCCUUUGUUGUCUUACUUCCAACACACACCAUCUAGCAUCAACCCUGGGGACCAUCCACGUGUCAGGAGCCUUGGCACAGUUUCCAGUGCAGGAAAUAGGAG